AUGGCUGUUGGUGAAGGAUCAACACCACCACCAUUAACAAGGAAGACAAUCGAUGUAUCAUCACCUUAUUUUCUCACUUCUGCUGAUCACCCUGGAUUAAACUUCGUUGGAGAGAAUCUUCUCCAUGACGGUAACUACAGUGAUUGGAAGAAUGAGAUGAUGAAUGCCUUGUUUGCCAAAAACAAGGUUGAAUUCAUUGACAACUCCCUUCCCAUGCCAGAAGAAGGAUCUGCAGAUUUGAUGAACUGGAAAAGAUUUAAUGCCAUGGUAAGAGGUUGGCUUGUUAGCGCUAUGGAAAAGGAGAUUAAGAGCAAUGUAAAAUACGCUUCUACUGCUCGUGAUAUUUGGCCGGAACUUGAAGAAAGAUUUGGAAGAGAGAAUGCUCCAAGAGCAUAUGAACUAAGAAGGACGAUAACCACAAUCCGCCAGGAAAAUAUGACAGUAUCAGGGUAUUACACAAAGCUGAGAGGAAUUUGGGAUGAAGUACAAUCAAUUAAUCCGUUACCAGCAUGCACCUGCCAAGGUUGCAAGUGUGAAAUCACAAAAGAGAUUGCAAGAUCAAGGGAAAAGGAGCGCUUGUAUGACUUUUUGAUGGGACUUAAUGAAGAAUUUGGUGCCCUAAGGACACGAAUUCUGAGUACUGAUCCUCUACCAACACUAAACAAUGCAUACCAUCUACUGAGUCAGGAUGAACAACAGAAAAAGAUUGGCGCUUCUUGA